UAAGAAUUGCCGCAUAAGCAUCAUAGUAUUAACAUCAAGGCCCGAAUUUGUUUCGUCUCGCAGAGAAUUCGAAGGUCUUCUGGAUCGCACAUCUACGUUCUCCUCUUCCUGCAGCCCCUCUCCACUAAAAUCUUUAUCCACCAACGAAUAGUGGCUUGACACUGGCGAUCAUGAGAAACAUGAGAGGAUAUCGGCAUCCUCACCCCGUUACUGCUCAUCAUUUCGCUGUCAAGGGUAACGAGAUUAAUAGCAUGCCGCAGAACCUACAGGCGCUUAACACGAAAAGUGACUAUUGCUCUGCUUUGUAUGUUCCUGUGCUCGUGAACAGUCUUAUUCAUUCAAUUGCUAAUGGCGCUGUUACCUUGAAACACUAUCUCCAUACUUACUCAGGACGACUCAAUCUCGGUUUUAGCGUUACAGCCAAUGUGAUAGUAUAGCUAUGCACACAGCCUCUAAUAUGGAUAUGCUUUACACC